AUGGAAACUGGGGCUGUAAAUUAUGAAGAUAGUGGUAUUAUUGUAAGCAACAAUAAUACCACAAACCAGAACUCAACUAGUGUUAGGGAUAUACGAUUUCAAAUGUCUUUGCAGAAGCAUGUUUCUUUUGUGGAAUGUUUACGAAUUCAAUUGGAUUGUCCAUUUGGAAUAAGAAUACAGUUAAAGAAGAGAGCAGUGUCACAAUGCCGAAAAGUCAAAAAAUGGUUUAAAAAGCUGCGAAAAAACAUUCAUUGCAAGAACGAUAUUAACUCACCUAUUCCAAAUUGGUACCAUAAUGUUUUCGGUAAUGAUGCAGCCGAACAACCCUAUGUGGAUGAUUUACAAAGAAAUUUGUUUGCGGCAGAAGAUUUAUCCAACGAAUCUAUUCUGACACUAGGAAGUUCUAAUACAGUGGUACAUUCUCCUAAAUGUGCUCCAUUGUUUAUUCCUGUAUCGGGGAUGUUGAAUAGAGAGGUUUAA